UAAAAGUUAAUAGGUCUAUUUGACAAUUGACUACAGCGAUUUUUUUUGUUGUCCUCGUUUGACAAAAUAAUUAAUAGGCCUAUCAAGAACAGGUAGGCUACCUCAGGUUGCAGUUACUUUGUUGUAGACUACUCUGAAGAGAAGUGUAUUAUCUUAUCGAAAAAGCCACUGAAACACCAAAAUAUGGACUCACCAGCAAGCCCCCUCUCCCGUGCUGGGAGGACUUUCUGGACAGUUUGGAACUACUUUACGGAAGUUGUGGGGAGGUAUCUAAGCCCAGAGCCCACUAACAAUGACACAAGCUCAAGACAGGAAGCCACUGCUGCACAACAAACAGACGACCAUAGAGAUGGUGUGAAAAAUGAGUUAAAGGAAACUGAGGUCACAUUUGAAACAGGCUCUGAGGUUAAGAAACCAAGACCAGUCGUUGCCUGGGAACAGUGCAAUGUCAUCAUUGGUCCAGGCCUCGGCAGAGAAAAUGUGCAAUACACUGGACAAUCCAACAGAGGGAGUGAUAGCAAAGCAUCCCAGGAGGGGGAUGAUAUAAAACAAGAGCAGGUGGACCGAACAGAAAAUAAAGACACAAUCCAGCAUGUUACUAAAGAAGAAUUAAAUAUGGGGAAAGGGGUCCAAUCAGUGGUAGUCACUGGGAUCCAGAUCUUAUUCAGAGAGCCGACAUCUGAAAGGUCAAAGGGCCAGGGAGCACAAGGACACACUGACAGUUACAACUGUGCUGAAGCAAAUAGAUUAAGAGGUGCAGUGGCAGCAAGAAAAGAGGAGGAAGAAGAAAUCCCUGAAGAAGUUACUGAAGAAUUCCCCUGUGGUGAAGAAGGAACCAAAACAGAAGAACAUGAAAACAAUAGAGAUGGAGAAAUACAUUUUGAUAUAGAGUCCCCAAACCUUACAUCAGCCUGUGCUGAACCUGCCACACUUUUGGAUAAGAAUGGAGACACGGAAAAUAAGGACAGAUUAAUGAAACACAAUGUGCAAAGUACAGAGGAUGAAACCAUGGUAAGAUUAAAUGAAAAAGAGGGAGAGGAAGAAACGGCAGUACUCUUCAUGGAGACAGACAAAGAAGGGUGGAAAGUAGCAGAAAUAGUAGAAUUCUCAGCGGGAGGGGAGAAUAGCGAUGAUGAUCUGUGUGUAAUCAAAGACAAAAUGAGUCGAGAUGGUAAUGAAGUGAAGAAUGGCAUAGACAUGGAAGAACUUAGGAGGAAGGAGGAGAGAGAGGAAGAGAAUAGAGCAAUAGAAGAGAUGGACAGAAGAGAACAGGAAGAGAUAUUGGACAGGGGCUUUGGACCGAACAAUGAUUUCCAAGUCUCAGAAAACAAUAAAAAACAUGAAUAUGGUGACAAUCGUUUGAAGGUUGAUGAAGGAACUAUAGAGAAGUUGGAUCAAGAAAAUGACCCCAACCCACGACUGCUUUGUGGAGGAUUAUCAGACGAAGAUAGAACAUUGGGAAGAGGCCAGGACAUCUUUGUUUCGGAGGCAGAGUUGGAAUUGCCAAUGGCCUAUGACAAAAGAGUCUUUGUGUCAAAUGAUGAGAUAACUAUUGUUAGAGACGAGCAGAGAAAGGAGGGCAACAUUGAAAGAAUUGACAGCACAGUGUUAGAAGAAAGAAAAGAAAGGGUAUCAGAGGAUGGAUCCAAAGUGUUUGAGGACGGGGGCAGUAACAAGAUAGAAGACGUAGCAAUCAGUAUUCGGACGAAGACUGAUACAGAGGCAGAGGAUGUGAAAGAUAAAGUGACUGGACUGGACACUUUCUUUUAUCAGGACAGAAAUGUUGUAGUGGAGAAAAAUAAACUACAGGAAGAGAAGCUCUCAGAAGAAGACGAAGACCCCCUUAAUGAAGUGGAGGGAAAACUUAUUUCAGUGGUUGACAAUAGAGUGGAAAUCAGAGGCGUGGCAAAAUACAUUUCCCCUGGGCUAUGUGAGGACCUUGUUGUGGCUCAGGAGCCAAAACGUGUAGCGUGUGAAGAAACUCGAGAGGAAAUUCCUGAAAUCAACAAUGGCAAAGAGUUAGACGAGAAUACGGCACCGAAGAUCCUGGAAGUUGGCGACGAUGAAGUCAACACCACCCAUUUACAAGAAGCACACACCGAAAGUGAUACCAAAGAGUUAGAAGGUGUAGAGAACACUGGAACUACUUUUAAAUCUGACAAUUCACCAGUGAGUGAACUCAUGGAAGGGAAAGAAGAUCCGAAAACCGUUGAAAGAAUAUUUGAAAGUGAGGAUAUUGAGAAAGCCUCUGAUACAGUAGUAGACGAGCACACAGUCGCGAAAGCAGCGGAAUCACUGGGGGAAACGGAGAGAACAGAUUCUGUAUUACUGAAUGGAACAGAUACUCAAAUACUAGAGGACCCAGCGAAGACAAAGACUGAAUCACAUGAACCGAUGGAGAUUGAGUUAGGACUGUCAGAGGAAGCAGGAGAGACAUAUGUUUGUUUAUCAGAUGAGACGCUGAGAACAGAGGCUGGAGUAUACAAAGAGACAGAGGAGAUAAAGGCAGAGUUUAGAGAGGGAUGGAUGGAGUCGAAGGCAGGGGAGACAGUGGGGACAGAAUUUGAAUCAGUGGAGACACAGGCAGAAACACCAGAAGUGAGGACCGGGGUUGUGCCAUCAGAGGACAAAGAUGAGACCGAGUCUGGAUCAAUGCAGGAAUCAGCAGAUACCAGUUUUGGAUUACUAAGGGAAACUGUGGAGGAAGGGUUACAAAAGGUGGCAGAGGUAGACACACCAGAGGUGAGGACAGUGACCGUACUGUCAAUGGAGACAAACACAGAGGAAUUAGUGGAAUCUGAGGCUGGGGACAUGUUGGAAACAGAAUCUGGAUUAGUGAAAAAACAUGAGGCAGAAAUACCAGAUGCGAGAACUGAAACGGCAUCAUCAGAAAGAACUGUGACGACAGAGGCAGCAAUACUUGAUAUGAAGAUUGAGGAAUCGCCAUCAGAGGAAACAGAGUCUGGAUUAGUUGACACAGAGGCCAGAAUUUUUCUGGAAACAACAGCGAUUGAGUCUGAAUUAUUGGAGGAAUUAUCUGAGACUGAGUCUGGAUCACGGAAGGACAAAGAGACAAAAAGACAGAGGAUUGAGACAGAGCCAUCGGUGGAGAGAGAUGUAGAGGAAUUAGUGGAAUCUGAGGCUGGGGUUAUGGUGGAGACAGAAGUUGGAUUAGUGAAAAAACAUGAGGCAGAAAUACCAGAUGCGAGAACUGAAACGGCAUCAUCAGAAAGAACUGUGACGACAGAGGCAGGAUUAUCAAGGAACAUGACAUUGUACCCAUCAUCAAUUCAUACAGAGGCUGUGUUUCUCACAGAGACAAAGGCUGUGUUAUCUAAUGAGUCACUGGAAACAGACAAUGGAUUAUCAGACAAAUCAUCUGAGGCUGGGACUAAAUUACAGGGAAUGGUAGAGGCUGGAUUACCAGAUUCGAGAGAAGUAGAGGCUGAAUUAUUUGAGGAAAUGGUUUGUGGAGAAGUUGUACUAUCACAGGACACAGAAGAUGAAUUAUCAGAGGAAAAAUAUAAUAUAAAAGCUACAUUAAUGAAAGAAUUAGUGGAGCCAGGGCCUGGGGAAACGUUGGAGACUGAGAAGGGAAUCAUGAAUGAGACAGACGCAGCAGUACUUGAUAUGAAGAUUGAGGAAUCGCCAUCAGAGGAAACAGAGUCUGGAAUAGUUGACACAGAGGCCAGAAUUUUUCUGGAAACAACAGCGAUUGAGUCUGAAUUAUUGGAGGAAUUAUCUGAGACUGAGUCUGGAUCACAGAAGGACAAAGAGACAAAAAGACAGAGGAUUGAGACAGAGCCAUCGGUGGAGAGAGACGUAGAGGAAUUAGUGGAAUCUGAGGCUGGGGAUAUGGUGGAGACAGAAGUUGGAUUAGUGAGGACAGUAGCCGAAUUACCAGAAGAAGUUAGGCCAAAGAUAGAGCUAUUAGAAAAAACGAAUAGAACAGGUGCUGAUUCAUCAGAGGACACAGAUGAGACAGAGGCCAGAUUUUCAGAGGAGAUAGAGACUGAUUUAGUAGAGACCAAGUAUGGGUUACAGAAGAACACAGAAGAAGACAUACUACAUGUGAGAACAGAGACUGUGCUGUCGGUGGAAACAGUAGAGAUGGAUACUGACUCAUCAGACAAAUCACUGGAGUCCAGAUCACUUGAAAUAUCAGAGGCUGGAUUAUCUGAAGAAUCAGUGGACAGUGAGGCUGUAUUAAAGGAUAUUUACACAGAAAUACCAGAUGUGGAGAAAGAGUCUGGAUUAUCAGAAGAGACCGUAGAUGCUGGAUUAUCAGAGAAAACAGACGUGUCAGACACAGAAUUAGUGAAAAAUACAAAGGCUCUAAUAAUGCUAGAGCCUGAACUUUCAGAUGCGACAGAGGCUGUGUUAAGAGAGAAGGCAGAAGACAACACGGCAAACGAAUCACUGGAAAUUGAGGUAGGAUUAUUUUGGGAAACCGAUGAGACCGAGGCUUUGGUAACAGAGGAAGUUAUGAAGACAGGGCCUGUUUUAUCGAAGCAGACAGAUUUUGGAUCACAGGGUCAAUUACUGGAGAUCGAAGAUAGAAUAAUAGAGAAAUCACAGGUUGGGUGGUCUGAGGAAACUGUGGAAACAGAUGCAGGAUUACCAGAGGAAAACAGAGGGGAGGGUGCAAAAGCAGGAUUCCGUUCCCCAUCAGGAACCAAAAAUGUAGACCAAAGUCUUCAGCUUCAGUUUGACGCCUCCGCUUUGGACUUCACUGCUCAAAAGUCUCGCAUUGCCCUCAAGAAUCCACAUGUCCGUCCACCCAGGGAUCCCCGUACUCUUCUACAGAUGCCAUCUUUGACCCCCUCCCCUUCAAAACCCACCGUACACGUGCCAGUCAGAGGCCCAACAGGGAUACCAAUGAGGGGCAUGGGCGGCAUCGGAAUCAAACUGCCUGGAUUCGGUGCAGGGCCCCCCAUCUUAAGAAAGACCGGAAUGGGGGUGAGAGGUGAAAAUAACACCGAAAAUAUCCCUCAGUCAUCUAUUCAACAGAAAUCUGAGCUAGAGCAAGAUGUAAGGGAUGAAUCUCCCAAGAAAGAAGAGAUGCAAAACAAGCAAGAAGAGCGCAAAACAAAAUGGACACCGCCUAGACAUCCAGGAUUUGGAAAUCCCCUGAUGAUGAAUGAGCUGAAGAACAAGCUGAAGAAGACUACAAAAGAGAGCGGAGAUGAUUGACAGGACCUUUUUUCUCAUUGGUGAACCAUGGUCCAUGAACAAUGGGCUUUCAUUUAUCAUAAGUAUCUCCAUUUUAUUUAAAACUAUCUUUGUCUAUUUCUUUUGAAUAUCUUUGUAUGAACAUUUUCAAAUAAAUAAUAUAUUUUUGUUUUGGACAGUGUUUACUUGUUCCAGAGGGUUUUAAAAAACUGGUGUGAUAAAAAAAAGUUGACUGCUCAAGGCAUUAAAUUGAUUCAAGAAAACUAUUUGUGACAUUUGUUUAUUUCUUCAUCAGUGGGUUUGUUUCAGCAAAAAUACUUAUCUUAUGCAUUAUUUCCGUACUAAUUAUUUCUAUUGCUACUGUAGUUACCUAUAGGGAAACCAGCAAUAGCGUCUUGAUAUUUGGGCUAGCCUAUAAUUGCCUAUACUGAUUGGUCUUAUAAAGCUUUUAUAUAAACCUUAAGAUUCAUUAUUUUAAAAAAGUUUAUAUUUUUGGAGGGCUUGCCUGUUUGCUUGUUAUUUUGGCAUUAAUAUGUGUCAUAUCAGUUUGGAAACAAUGUAAAAAAUUGUUUUUUAAAUGUCAUUGAGUUAAUAA